AUGUCGAACGGUAGCUUCCGUUUAGAGUCCUUCCAGCUUUGGAAGCCUUCUCAGGAAAAAGCACAGGCUCUGCAGGAUUCUCUGGAUACUUGUCGUUAUCCAAGCCCAGUCUCGAUCACCACUACCUCGUCUCCCUCCGGUUCUCGCGACCCAGUCUCAACAAACCCCAAUAUUCAUUCUUAUAACCAUAAACGACACCCUUUGCCUCCACGACCGCUAGUGGAGGUUUGCAUGAAUAACGGCCUACAACAUGAGAUAAACACGCAGCCCCAACUUACUGUGGAGGAUCAGGCGUUGGACUUUCGGGACACUCCCGCACCGCAGGUUUCAUUAAACCUUCCAGAAAUUGACCAUGUAAUGGUCUGUGAUAAUCUGGGUGAAGUCUCUGAGCAAUCACUUGGCGUUGAGUCAGACCAAUCGGGCGUUUCAGGGCUCCCUUGCACUACCAGCCAGCACUCUCAUGCUGGAAACACUGGAAGUCCUGUUCUAAGUGGCGAGUGUCCUGGUACAGUAAUUGAUCCGCAAAUCUUGGACGACUUUCAUUCCCGAGACAGUGUGCAGACAUCCGCAGACGAAGACAUUUCUGAAGUUAUGUCCCCUUCUCGUUCGUCGGAUGCAUCUACUCAUAGCCAGUCCGUGCGUCUAAAUCCGCAGAAGGUGAUGAAACCAGGGCGACCGCAGCCUGGAAGAAAUAAUCUUUCCGUUGUUGUGGACAAUCGUCACAGGAAUCGAAUUGGCGGGAAUCCCCGGGCAGAUAGCCCUGUUCCAAUACCAUCUUCUCGUCUGCAGGAUCAAUUCUCUUCACUCCCGGUCGAAGCGAAACUCGAGUUCUUGUCCUGGCUAUUUCAGGGUGCUAUAUCUCAAUGCAGCUACACUGCAUCGAUCGCGAACUGCGCUUCGGCAUCAGGAUUGAUCCCGGAAGACGAAGGAACUUCAACUCUACCAUCCACGGAAUUGUUCCCAGAUAUAAAUGUGGUCGAGCAUUCAGCAUCCUCAAGGAAAGGACUAAAUUACUCUGCGGAAGAGGAUAAACUUCUCAUCAAGCUUCGGAAGGAACAAGCUCUUUCCUGGUCAGAAGUGACUAGGAGAUUCAGUCAGAUAUUCCCUGGGAGAAAGCAAGGGUCUCUACAAGUGCACUGGAAUACAAAGAUCGAGAAAAAACAAUAA